ACCAGUUUGUAACAGGCUUGUCUCCCACAGUCCGUCUCAGGCCUGCUGGCAGGCUUGCCUGAAGCUCUAACAUGAGUGGCAGCAGAGGAGUCUCAGUUGAAAGCAGGAAAGGCAAGAACCAGGAGGCUUCAGCGGGAAGGUCAUCCUCACUGCUGUCCUGCUGUAAUGAGCUGGCUGGAAGAACUAAACUGGCAGCUUCACAUUUCCUUGCUCCUUCUUCUGUCUGUGUGCACGAGGGCUGACUUCCUUGAUAACAUGCUUUUGCGAAGUUCAGGAAAAUUAAACCUGGGCACCAAGAAAGGGGAUGGUGAGAACACAGCCCCCACUCCUCGUCCAAAGAUCUUGCGAUGUAAAUGCCACCACCAUUGCCCAGAAGACUCGGUCAACAAUAUUUGCAGCACAGACGGAUAUUGUUUCACAAUGAUAGAAGAAGAUGACUCUGGGAUGCCUGUGGUCACCUCUGGAUGUCUGGGACUGGAAGGCUCAGAUUUUCAGUGCCGGGACACUCCCAUUCCUCAUCAGAGAAGAUCAAUUGAAUGCUGCACAGAACGGAAUGAAUGUAACAAAGAUCUACACCCUACACUGCCUCCACUGAAAAACAGAGAUUUUGUUGAUGGAUCUGUACACCACAAAGCCUUACUUAUAUCUGUGACAGUUUGUAGUUUGCUCAUGGUUUUUAUCAUUUUAUUCUGUUACUUCAGGUAUAAACGACAAGAAGCCAGACCUCGGUACAGCAUUGGGUUAGCACAGGAGGAAACUUUCAUUCCUCCCGGAGAGUCCCUGAAAGACCUAAUUGAGCAGUCUCAGAGCUCAGGAAGUGGAUCAGGCCUCCCUCUGCUGGUCCAAAGGACUAUAGCUAAGCAGAUUCAGAUGGUGAAACAGAUUGGAAAAGGUCGCUAUGGGGAAGUUUGGAUGGGAAAGUGGCGCGGUGAAAAGGUAGCUGUGAAAGUGUUCUUCACCACAGAGGAAGCCAGCUGGUUCCGAGAGACAGAAAUAUAUCAGACAGUCUUGAUGAGACAUGAAAACAUUUUGGGGUUUAUUGCUGCAGAUAUCAAAGGAACAGGAUCCUGGACCCAGUUGUACCUAAUCACAGACUAUCAUGAAAAUGGUUCCCUCUAUGAUUACUUGAAGUCCACCACCCUAGAUAUUAAAUCGAUGCUGAAGUUAGCCUAUUCUUCUGUCAGUGGCUUAUGUCAUUUACACACUGAGAUCUUUAGUACUCAAGGCAAACCAGCAAUUGCCCAUCGAGAUCUGAAAAGUAAAAACAUCCUGGUGAAGAAAAAUGGAACUUGCUGUAUAGCCGACCUGGGCCUGGCUGUUAAAUUUAUUAGCGAUACAAAUGAAGUGGACAUACCACCCAACACUCGAGUUGGCACCAAACGCUAUAUGCCUCCAGAAGUGUUGGAUGAGACCUUGAACAGAAAUCACUUUCAGUCCUAUAUCAUGGCCGACAUGUACAGUUUUGGACUCAUCCUUUGGGAGGUGACUAGGAGAUGUGUAUCAGGAGGAGUGGUGGAAGAAUAUCAGCUUCCCUAUUAUGACCUAGUGCCCAGUGACCCCUCUUUCGAGGACAUGAGAGAGGUUGUGUGCAUCAAGAAGCUACGCCCCUCCUUCCCCAGCCGGUGGAGUGGCGAUGAGUGUCUACGGCAGAUGGGGAAACUGAUGACGGAGUGCUGGGCUCCCAAUCCCGCCUCAAGACUGACAGCCCUGCGGGUGAAGAAAACACUUGCCAAAAUGUCGGAGUCCCAGGACAUUAAACUCUGAUUUGAGGGGUUGGGGGGCAUCGCUGGAGAAAGUCAGAUCUUCUUCUCUUUGCGGGCAAAGCAAAAAAUGUUCUGGAAGCAUCCACAGUACACACCUUGAAUAUAAGCCCUGCUUCCCAGUAGGUUCAGCCUCACCUCUCAGGGAGCAGCCUGGACAAAGAAGUUCCCAGAAACAGAUUUAUCAAGUCUGUAGGAGGUUGAAACUGCUCAGGUAACUUGUUCAAGAAACGAUGCUUGUUGCUUUCUGAGAAAGCCCCGUAUUUUGAGAUUGCCCCCCCUCCUUUUUUCUCCCAAAAGAUGCUUUAAUUUUGCCAAGAUAUAACAAAUAAUUUAGAUGUUUUAAGGUUUAUACUAGUAUAGUUUAAAUAAUAACAAUGAAAGUUC